AGCUAGCUUGUUCUCUUACUCUUUUCUUUUCGAAUCUAUUGUGUUUUGUUUCAAAUUUGAUUCCGUACUAUUUACAUCUGUCAUUUUGCUAAAAUAUUAAAAGGUUUAAAGACCCCGUCCUAUGGCCACUCCCGCCUCGACGCCUGCAGAUGCGGCCGCUACAGAGAAUAGCACCACGACCCCCGAAGGUGGCGGCGGGCUCGGCGAUACCACCGUCAUUGCGACCGCAAAUUGGGCGAACUCGUUUUUCUUCACCGUCAUGGCUACUUGUGCGCUGUUUUUGCUGAUGGAAAUCGGAGUUUUCUACGCGAUGAAAUCCACCUUCACUGGGGAGGACUCUGGAGCGGGGAAGGACAAGCCCGCGAAGCCAAAGGCCCCGACCGCGGGGACAGGCGAGUUAGGUGAGCAGGACAACGACGGAGACUCGAGCAGCAGCGGGUCCAGUACUGAAUAGAAGUUUAUUUUUCAUCCGGACUUGUUACAACGAGAACGACGGAGAAGAAACUGCAACCGGAAGUAGAUACAACGCGCCUCAGGAGAAUCGAAGCGGCAUCAGGACCUCGAGGUGACGAGAUGAACGACUUGUCAACUGCGUCUUGUCAACAUCAUCUUCCGCAGUAGCUACAAAGCGCACAGGAAAAAAGCAAACAAGAAUACUAAACAAACAAUCCAGUAAAAACGACCAUGCAAGUAGCCCUCGUGGAGCGUCUCGCCUGCUUCGGCAGGCAGCAGGUCGUUCUGUACCAGAAGAAUCUCUUUCUCGGGUGGGAGCGGAAACGGAUUCGGACCCUCCUCGUGUCCAUCGUUUUUUCCUGCCUGCCGAUUGUUGCGAUUUACAAAAUGACGAAUGCCAUGGUUUUGGACCAGCUCAGCGUUUUGCUCCCGGUCUACCUCGUUUUUGCGAUGUUCUCCAUGGUGCAGUGCAUCGUCGUGGACAUUGUCGGGGAGAAGGAGACGAAAAUGAAGGAAGUCAUGCACAUCUACGGCAUCAUAUCCUUUGCAAAAGAAAAAGUCUCGUACUCGGAUAAAUCGCCGUCAUGCAGCAUGUUGACAGAUAUCUGCGUCUACCUUUUCCAGCAUGGCAAAUUCGGAUUCCAUUUUUGCUCUUGGCAAUAAAAUUUGUCAUGCGAUUCAUACGUACGUACGACGCUUUUACUUUUGCAAUGCAUACAACACACCCCAGAACUACUGGCUCGGGUGGCUGCUGUGCUACGGUUCCUACGCGGCCCUGUGCGUCCUGGUCCUCAUGGCCGUGCUCGCGUACUGCACCAGUUUGUUUCAGGCCUCGAAUCUGCUUCUGGUCUUCUUCGUCUUCACGGGGCAGUACGCCGCGUUGAUCGGCUUCGCCUGCGUGUUGUCCGUGGUGUUCGACCGGGCGCGAUCCGCAUCUAUCGCAGCUUCCGCGAGCCUGAUGCUGGCCCAGGGGAUUUCGACCACGGUAACGCUGAACCAAAAGGACAUCGUCGACGCCUUGGGCUUCGAGCAGAUGGGUUUCGUUUUCGCUGUUUUCAACUGCGUCUUCCUCCCGAACUUCUGCUUCUCGCACAUCUUGUCGAGGUUGUGCAGCCCCACGGCGGGCGCCGCGUUUCUCCCGGUGGUCGACACCGUGCAGGAACAGCUUUGGUCUUUGAACGAACAGAUGGCGGCGUCCGGGAGAUUCCCAACCCCGCAGGACCUCAUCGACCGGUGGAACAGCCAGCCGGUGCAGAACACGGUGAAGCACGUAUCCGACUUCCUGAGAGAGGGAAAAAUCGCCGCCGAAUCCGCGAUUGCGCGGGCGCACGGUAGAAAAAGUAAUGCAACGUCGUGGUCAACAUCAACUGAAGGAAGCGGAACUCCUGCAAGAACUCCAUUGCCAACUACAGAUUCUUCAAAGAACGAGAUCAUCACCGCCGGCGUCCCGCUGGCCUUUGGCAACGACGGAUUUUGGGAGGUGUUGGACUCCGAGCCACCCGGGACGCUGCCCUAUUCCUGGUUGCUCUUUUCCCUCACCUUGUCUGUCUUCUUCUACUACCGGAUGGCGAUUUUCGUGGACAAUCGCUGGCAAGGAGAGUACGGCGCAAGGAAAAAAAACUUUUUCGACGUGUUGCGGUUCGGCAGUAUGUACGCGAGCUGCGUAAAUUUUUUGUGCCGAAGGUUAAGUUGGGGUGGAGGAUCUGAACGUGUUGGUGACGCUAACGGGGUUGGUGUACAACAAAAUUUGUUACAACCUGCUCCGAUGGUAACAGGCACAACUGCAACGAGUACUGCCGCAACAGGCGCUGCAGGUUCAUCCGUGUCGGGUAGAAGUUCUGGUUCCGGUCUGUCCUCCAGCGCAACGACAACCUCGGCGCCCGCGAUUCUGGAGAUUAUCAAAUGCAAAAAUGUCUGGGUCUGGAAGAUUUCUAGAUUUGUCAUGCAUAUUUUCCAUGAGCCAUGACGUCUGUGAUGCAUGCCGUAGCAUCACUGAUUUUUAGAGGGCAUUGCGAUACCUCUACCGCAUGAGAAAUGCCCUCUCCGCGUAGCACAAACUGGAGUCCUCUUGCUGGUCAUGCAAUACAAAUGUUUUUAGAAUCCAGCGACAGCAUCACAAGUUUAGAAUGUUCCAGUCCCAGUAGACAUUUUUGCAUUCGAUAGAGAUCAAGAACCUGCAAAAGUCCUUCGAUUCCAUGGCAGCGCCCGCUUUGGACAAGGUUAUGGGAGUGUCAGGAUCGAAAUUGACAAAAUCGAAAAAUUUGUAAUGCAUAAAAUGUAGGGCACAUAUGGCCUGUAUUGGGGAGCAGGCAAAUGAGACCGAUUGCAAGCCUGUUUAGGGAAGGCGAUGCGCUGCCGGAGUAGCAUGACAGGAGCAGUCUUCUUUUCCGAAACAGCAUGACAGGCUGGAUUUUGUUGCUCCCGAAAUUUGUCAUGCACCACUUGGAAACUAGGCUCCAACUGGUAUCCAUUUUAUGCAUCACAAAUUAUUUCGAUUUUGUUGAUUUCGAUCCUGACACAUCCAUAAAGGUUUCUUUCACCGUACACAAGGGUGAGAUUUUUGCCUUACUGGGACACAACGGCGCGGGGAAAACGACAUUGGUGAAUUGCUUGAUCGGGCUACUUAUGGAUUGUAAAAAUGUCUGGGUCUAGAAAUUUGUCAUGCUGGGCGGCGUAUCAUAAAGAGGCCUCAAGUGCUGGCUCAGCAUGACAAGCUUUUGAGCUUCUAGGUGUUGCCUAUUCUGCAUGACAAACUGCGUUUUUGCAUGACAGCAAAGUGGAGCUCUUGGGUAACGUGUGUGACAGGUUUAAGAGUCAUGCCAGACAAGCAUGACAAACUUGCACUCUUCCAGACCCAGACAUUUUUGCAUUUCAUACUACUCCGGGCGGACUCCGGGGAUGCGACCGUCGCGGGGUACAGUGUUGCGGACGACUUGGAAGGUGUGAGGAGGCACUGUUCCAUCUGCCCGCAAGACAACCCCACGUGGCCGGAAUUCACGGUGAGGCAGCACUUGACCUUCUUCGGCGCCGCGCAGGGCCAGAGAAACGUCGGACAGCUGGUAUACAGUGUGUUUUUUGUUGAUGAUAGCUUAUUUCGCGUUACGAGGUACUAACCGCAACGAACCGAGGUCGGGUUGCAGCUGAAUGCGCUUUCGAUGCAGAAUGCUCGCGCUAAUCCUUCACAUUUUUAUCGUGCAAAAAGAAAACAAAAAGUACUAAAACUACACUAUGACAUCAACACAACCAGGUGAAGAAAUACGCGAAGGCCCUGGGUCUCCUGCCCAAGAUGGACGCGCGUUGUUGCGAGCUGUCCGGCGGACAGAAGCGGCGGCUCUGGGUCGCUACGGCACUGAUUGGCACCGCGGAUUUGUGUAUUCUCGACGAGCCCACCAGCGGUAUGGACCCGCAGUCCAGACGGGAAUUGUGGGUGUUGCUGAAGGAGAUGGCGAAUGAAGAGAAGAGAAGCAUCGUCUUUUCCACCCACUAUCUCGAGGAGGCGGACUGCCUCGCAGACCGAAAAGUGGUCCUAGCAAAGGGGCAAGUGAAGGCGAUCGGGACCAGCCAUGACUUGAAAAGGAGGUUUGGCUGUGGCUACUGGCUCACUGUAGAGGUGCUUUUGGCAGACGAAGGACGGCUUAAUAUUCUGCAAGACGAUGUUGAAACGACACCAAAAUCCGAGUACUCCUUUGGAGGUACCUCCACGCAGGCUUCAGCGUCUGUGUCGUUCACGAAUCAUGUGGCUGGGGUCGCUGUCGGCUCGUCGCCGUCAUCCUCUUCAAGCUCGAAAACCGCCGGAACAGCGAACAGCGCAGAUGCCAGCAAGACCUCAAGACAGCCUUCCAAAUCAAAAUCCAACCCGCUGAAGCACAUCGAGCAGAGUCUUUCCCGCGUGCAGGCCGUUUUGUGCGACUUUUUGAAUUUGCAACCAGCGGAACUGGUUUCCCGAGGGAUGCGCGCGAUUGGCGCCGGGGAUAUUGUCAGAGACGCGUAUUUGAUUCCCUGGGACCAGGUGGACAAACUGCCACCAUUGCUGGAUUUUCUGGAGCAGUAUCGGAAAACCUUGCGGUUACAAGACUUCGCUGUAGAAAUGACCAGCUUGGAAGAAGUUUUUGUCAGGCUCGGCGAGGACGAGCACGCAGUGGCGGCUGCCGUUGACGUUGACCAAGCUGCUCAACCUGGUCCCGGGGCUAGCGGCACUGCAGCGCAAGUUACGUCACAGUCGUCCCACGACGGUGGAGUUGCAGAAGUCCCCUUGAAUGCUGAUGUUGAUCCGAGCUUACUACCACCACAAGUCGCUGCAGAAGGAGACCUGCAAACCAGCCACGCGCCCACGAGACCAUCCCACUCCCACACAACCAGGAAUCCGAAUCUCGCUCAACAACACCGCACAAGUAAUACACGACCAUUACCGCAUUUGAAACGCUCUUUCCGCUGGAGACAACAGGUUCUCGCCGUCUGGACCAUGCGGAUGCGAUUGUUUGUGAACAACCGGCGCGGGUCGCUGGGGCAGUUCGUUUACCCCCUGGUGAUUCAGAUCAUUUUCAUGGUUUUCAGACUCGGCGUCGCCACGGACAGCAAUAACCCCAUCGCGAAAAUCCUGGUGUUGGUUCUGGCGCUGGGCCCCUUGUCCGCGCAGCUCCUCGUUUCUUUCGUGGCGCAGAUCGUGCAGGACCGGGCGAAACGCGUGAAGCACCUCGUCGUCGCCCACGGCUUAUCCCCGUCCGCCUUUUGGACCGGGACCUUUCUGAGCCAUUAUUUGAUUCUCCUCGCCGGGGUUCUCUGCAUUCCGAUCUUCAUCCAAGUCACACACCUGCAGCCCUUCGUCGAUAGUUCCGGUGGGGACGGAACAUCAACAGGAACAGCGAAUUUAUCCCUUUAUCAAACCCUUCUCCAAGGUCCAAGUCGCUUGGUGGGGGCCGCCCGGUCGCAACUCCGAGAUUGGAAGAACAGGAUAAAGGACCCAGAGAGUCUUCUGUUAACCACGACGACUACAACCUCCACGACGACAACGACGACGUCCAUCGUGGAAGCGAGUUUGAGCAGUUUCCAAAACAUGUUGAACUCCCUGGAGGGCCAAGAUUUUCACGACACAGCGAGUCAGGUCUUCGGUUCCGUGCUGGGCUCCGCAAGCGGCGCCUCGGAGUACAGCAGUACGAAGGCGGAGGAGAUGAAAAUUCCCUUGGUUUUCGACUGCAUCCCCGUAACGCUGUUUCUCCUCUACGGCAUCGCCUUCACCGCAACCGCAGCGAUGCUGCUCUGGGCCUACUCGGUUUCCGCCUUCUUUCGCCGCCAGGAGACGGCGCUGAAGGUGAUCCCGCUGUUGCUUUCCCUGACCAACCUCGUCCCCGUUUCCAUCGUCGCGUUACUUCUCCUCGUUGGCGUCUUGCCGGGGAACGAGCAAAAGGUGGUCAUCGCCAAGGGGCUCCACGUCGCGUGCUCCUUCUUUCUCCCGGUCUACGCCAUGUCGGGGACGAUGCUGCAGAUGUCCUGGUUCACGGCGACGCACCUGAUGAAGUCGGGACUCGCGAACGUUGUGGACGACUACGGGGUGCCGAAGCAGAUCGACCCGGAAAAGUUGAACGCGAUCAACCUGAAGGAAGGCGUGUACGAUCCGCUCAGUUCGGAGUUCAUUUCCUUGAAAGAAGACUUGAAGCACAACUUGAAACCGGUGUUCGGGCAGUAUUGGAGCGAAACCCUUGUCGGCGCGGGGGAGUGGUUCUCCUCUACUACUGCGUCCGCCUCGGGUUCGAGCCAGACAGUACAAGACGAAGAUGAACAAGACGAGGAACACUUCUAUUUCCAAACGGGAGAAGUAGGAGACCUAGUUCGAGAUCAAGAGCCGGAUAGUCGAUUUGAUGUGGAGGAGGACGGUCCACCAGCCGAAGAUGCGGAAGCCGUCAGCUCCUUUAUGGCCCUUCAGAAAGCGCUGGAAGAACAAAGGGACGAAGAUGUCGAAGCUAGUUUGACAGCGGGGAAGAUCGAAGGAGAUAGCGCAUCAACUUCAGAUCUUGAUGCGCAGCAAAUGCGAACCGGAGGACAGCCGGAACAACUUGCGCAAGAACAAUCUUCAGGCGAUCAUGUAGAUUCGAACUUUCCACAACAAGGCCAAGGGCCUGAAAGGAACGACUUCGACGACGAGCAAAGUGUAACUAACAACGAUGUUCAGGAGCAAGAAUCUGGCUACCGCAUGGUGGUGAAGAGAAAAGACAAGGCUGUGAAAACCCGGUAUCAGAAAAAGCACAAAGUCUGGAGCAAAAGACCAGAAAGCAAGGACAGCAAGAAUAAAUCUCAAUCGGCGGAGAAGCUUCUCCCCGGGUCGCACCAGAAGAAAGCGCGAAGUAGAAAAGAACAAAACUAUGCGGACAACAAGAAUAAGCCCAAGCCCUCGCUCUUUUCGGUCCCGGGCGUGAAGCGGCUUUUGAACGUGAAGGCUGUGAAGGAUUGGGGCGAUGACGUUAUGCAGUCCCGUUGGCUCGAGAACGUCCGGGAGACGUCCCCCUUCGCGGCGCGAAUGGUCCGGAGGUUCGUAACCGCCGCGCCGGUGGUGACCCGGCACGCGAAGCGGGUCUUGACGACGCAAAUUCCGGCGUAUGUGAGAUCCUUCACGGACACUUUGGUCCAGAAAAAAGUGGAAAACACCGUGGAAGAGUGGCUGAAUCCGGUGAACAUGGUCGCGAUCGGCCUGUACGGUGCGAUUUUUCAGAUCUUUUUCUACGGGGGCUUGUUGCUCUACUUCGAAUCGCGCGAGUCGGUGACGAAGUCCUCCGACCCGAACGCGGGCGUUGGCGGGAGCGGAAGUUUGUUCUGGAUGUGCAGUUGCUGUCUGCUCUCUGUCGUCUACGGCUGCAGCUGCUGCCUGUUUGCCAUCUGCAAACGCUGCUGCGAGCGGAUUUGCUGCCCGUCAGCUUCAACAGGAGCUGCGCCUGGAUCUACUUCAGGAGGGACUUCUACAGACAGUCCUCGCCCUAGUUCAGCAGCACAAGACCGGCGGGACGAACACACUGCGGAGCAACUGGCACGACGCAUGCGCUAUGAGCAGCGGCGGCAAGCUCGCGAAGCUCGGCAGGCCCACAUCGCCUCCGCGUAUCAACUUAGGAACAGAUGCUCGCUCGUCUUCGAGCCGGUGCGUGCGGUUGUGCCGGAUGGUAAUGCUGAGGCGGACCAAUCUCACUCAGAAACGGCUGGCGGACGAGGAAGCGCAAAGAACAUUUUAGCGGAGCCCGACGACGAUGUCAUCUAUGAUGCGGCGAAUCCAGAUUAUGCAUUGCAAAAGCUGUAUUUAUUAGCUUCCCUGCUCGGCGCUACCGCUAGUAGCGGUAGUUUAACAAGCUCUUGCGACGUCACAUAAUUUUCUAUGCAGGGAGGUGAACGCGAAAACAGGGCGAAUUUUUUGCUGGACCUUUGACGUUCUUCUGAUAAUUCUCAUGCUGUUUUAGCGAACAAAAAGAAGAAAAGACAAAAAUCUAUUUCAAUUUCUAUGUAUGAUUUUCGCACUUCACUGCGUUGCAGAGUCAGAGUUGUUCGAGUGCGAAGGUACAACUUUUGCACGGAAUACAGAUCCGACAGCGGCAAUCCGGAUAGAAGGGGUCCGGCACAGGUUCCCCCGCGCGGACAGAAACAGCGUCUUGAAGCGCAUGCUGAACAAUUUGACGACCAUUACCCCUUCCGCCAUUCGUAGCGUGCGGGAGUCCGAAGAAGCCAACUGGCUCUACGCAGUGGACGGAAUUAGUUUGAACAUCAAGCAGGGCGAGUGUUUUGGGCUUCUCGGCCCAAACGGCGCCGGGAAAACCACUCUGCUGUCCUUGCUCACUGGGGAACUGCGACCGCCCACGGACGGGACUGCCUUUGUGAAGGUAAGGAGGUCGGACGGACCAGGAAACGCCGCCUCUGAUGAACAGGCCGCUGUUCUUGCUGGUGAGCACCUUCACAGGGUGGUAAGUGAGAACCAGCGGGCACGAGAACAACCUGAAACUGAAACUUCUCACUUUCCCACAGCUGAGAACAACUCCUCCUCGUCCCCCUACGAACGUGUUGACAUUCGCAAGGACCUGCCGAAAAUCUACCAAAAAAUGGGCCUGGUCCCCCAGUUUGACGCACUUUGGGACCACUUGACCGGUCGAGAGCAUCUACGUUUUUUUGCGAAAGCGUGUGGGACGUACUGGCACAAUGAGGACCAAGCUCAUGCAGCAACUGUGACUUCUGGCACCGGUGUGAAUGAAGACCCAACAACAUCAACGAGCACAGCUUCUGAAGAAGAAGAGCUCGACAAGACCCCGGGCGAGCGUCUUAUCAGCCAAGCACUUUGCCAGGUCGGUCUGCAGCCCGAAGACGCGGAUAAAAACGUUUUUGGGUACAGUGGCGGAAUGAAGCGGAAGCUCUCCCUUGCAUGCACCCUCCUCUCUGGCGCGGAGUUGCUGUAUUUGGACGAGCCCUCCUGCGGUGUGGACGCGAUGGCGAAGAGAUUACUGUGGAACCGGAUUCACGCCAGGAGCAGUGAGCAGACCAUGAUUUUGACCACCCACAGCAUGGAGGAAGCCGACGCGCUGUGCAGCAAGGUCGGGAUCCUGGUCAACGGGAAGUUGCGGUGCCUAGGGUCCACGUUGCACAUCAAAAACAAGUACGGGAGUGGGUACCACUUGGAAUUGCUGCUGGACUUGACGAAUUGCGUCGGAAAACCGGCGGAAGAGUGCGGAUUCCUGUUCACAUCCUUAGAAGGAGGGUUUAUGGAAGAUCAGGAGUUGGCGAAAGCUGAUGCAGACAACGUCUUCGCACCGGCGGACAGUAGUACUACACAAGCGCACCAUGGACGACACAUAGAAGGCGAUGAAAAAGAUCAAGAUUCCACUCCGGCAGCAGCUGCGUCGUCAACAGCAGUGGACUUUAUGAACAGCGCAGACAGCCCGGUUAGGUUAGACUUCAGUCCAGAUAAACAUAAAAGUUCUUCGCAAAUAAACCAGGAACCGAAAAUCAAUUUGCUGCCAUCAACUUCUACAACUUCUAGGGCCAUCAACACAACAAGCGAAAGUCUGAUGAAUAAAACACAGAGCAGGACGAGUACAGGAAGAGGCACGAUUGUCACAGCUGCGAAUAUCGGCGCACUGGUUCAGCAGUCGUUGACGCAAGCCACGAGGAAUCUUGAACAGGGUAAGGAAGUAGGCGAUCAAACGGUUCUCUUUGGUGAUGAAUCGCAGGAACAAAAGCCUGCUGCUUCCUCUGAUGGAUUCAUCAACAUAGAAAGUAGCUCUAGUGUUCGCCCAGCAGGUUCUGCAGCAGAGCAACUAGAUCAUCAAGAGACAUCAGCCCCACGCGACGCACAAAUAAUGUUGAAGAAGAAACAACCGCAGCAGCAGCAACAGGACCACCAGCAAAACAGGAUCAAGAUUCUGGAGGAGCACGCGUUUUCCGAGUCCCGCGCCAAAGUGAUCCUCUCCCUGCCCCCGAAAAUCCGCAUUGGGUCCGUGUUCCGGUGGUGCACCGAGAACCGGCAUCGCGUCAUCGAGGACUAUAGCCUCGGGCAACCGACGCUGGAACAAGUUUUCCUUCGCUUCGCGCGGCACCAGGAGGCACUGAACGAGGAAAAUGCAAAGGGUGGAGGGCAGAGAAACGCAGCAGUGGACGGGCAUAGUUCCGCCGCAGAGGAUUCGAGUGCGGCGGGAUUGGGUGGGAUUGUAGGAGGAGGUUUGGGCGCUAGUCCUACUACAACACCGGUCGGGGGAGACACUCUCGCCGCUGCGCAGAGUCGUGGUCAUCUGAUGGAGGAAGGUGAGAGGGGCAGUGUCAAUCCUUCGGCAAGUACUAUGGCGUAGAGCAAUAGUAUUAACAGAGGCACUGCUGCCACUGCUCCUGUUUAGAUGAACAUCACAAGGCUUGUGGUUUAGUUCACUAAAUAAUGGCGCUUAAUUUUUUAACUUUGUAUCGUGGAAAACGUAAAGGUAAGCGUUAACGUCGGCAACUCGACAAACUACAGCCAAAAAAAAAGAGCAAGUCUCGCCAGG